CUGAAGGCUUCCCUCUCCCAAACCCUAGACGCAUACUACCCGCUCGCGGGACGUUACAAGGACGCCGCCCUCACCGUCGAGUGCAACGACGAGGGUGUCGACUUCGGCGUGGAAGCCUGCGUCGUCGGAGGAGGAGACAUGUCGGACGCUCUUCGGGAGCCCGACGGGGACAGGCUGCUGGCCUUGCUCCCUUGUCGGCCUCGUGAGAGGCAUGUUGACUCGGAGGGCAAGCUCGUCCUUUUAGCCGUCCAGCUCAAUUUUUUCGGGUGCGGGGGUGUAGCCAUCGGCAUCUCCAUGUGGCAUGGCGUGGCGGAUGCUUGCACCCUGGCUUGCUUCCUUCGAGCCUGGGCCACAAUAAACCUCGGGUGCGGUAGUCUAGUGGGAUCAGUGGUCCUGGACUGCACUUCUAUUUUCCCGCCCACCAGGAUUGAUGAUGCAACCCCGGCAAUCGAAAGCCCUAGCAAUAGUACACCACACACGAAAAUCAAGAGGUUUGUGUUUCAAAGCUUUCAGAUUGCGGCUCUGAGAAGUGGGAUUCAGAGCUACUGGCAGCAGCAACAACGGCCGACUAGGGUACAAGCGGUAUCUGCACUCAUUUGGUCGGCAGUGAUAAAGAUCGCCAUGGACAAGAAGAAAUUACCGCCGACAACUAUUAGCCAUGGAGAUGAAGAAGAACUAAUUCACCGCUAUCAUGUAGGAAUGAUGGUAGUAAAUUUACGGCCGAGGAUGGACCCGCCUUUGCCAGAGCAAGUGAUGGGGAAUCUGGUCCACGUGCCAGUUUUCGCCAAGUGGCCGAUGAGUUAUCAUCACGAAGAGGUUGAAGAAACAACGGAAGCAGCGAACGAGCUGCGGGCUCAGCUGGCUGAGAAGCUGAGGGAGUCGGUUGGGAUGGUGAGGGACGAGGAGGUGAGGAAGAUAUUCGGCUCUACUGGAGGGUAUUCGGAUCUGUUCAAACUUUUUGUGGAGGAGCAUGGGAAGGGGAAUCUGGUGGCAUUCAGCAGCUGGUGCAGGUUCCCGUUCUACGAGACGGAUUUCGGGUGGGGGAGGCCGACAUGGGUGGGUUAUUUCAACAUGAUGGAUAACCUUGUGCUGCUCAUUGAUGGUAAGGAUGGGGAAGGUAUUGAAGCAUGGGUGAGUUUGAGUGAUGAAGACAUGUACAAAUUUCAGGACAAUCAUGGGAUUCUCCAAUACGCUGAUUUCAAAUCUUGA